GUUCCUGAAGAAGAAGAGGAUAUAGAAGUUUAUCUUAGAGAGAGAGAGAGAGACAGAGAAUGAUGGGUAGGUUUGUGUGGGGAUCUCUUGUGUUGAGUUUUGUUUUGCUCAUGACUGUGCCUGGAGCUCUUGCCUGGAGCAAAGAAGGACAUACGUUGACCUGCAAAAUUGCACAGUCGCUGCUAGACGCAGAGGCAGAAGAAGCAGUGAAGAAAUUGUUGCCUGAUUAUGUGGAAGGAGACUUAUCAGAACUGUGCUUAUGGCCAGACAGGAUCAGGAUUUUCCACAAAUAUAGGUGGACCAGCCCUCUUCACUUCAUCAAUACUCCUGAUAACCUAUGCUCUUUUGAUUAUUCACGGGAUUGCCAUAACCCUAAGGGGGAGCAGGACAUGUGUGUUGCUGGGGCCAUCAAGAAUUUCACCUCUCAACUUCUUCAUUAUAAAGAAGGCACUGGCGAUCCUCGACAGAAUAUGACUGAGGCCUUGUUGUUCUUGUCUCACUUCGUGGGAGAUAUUCAUCAGCCCAUUCAUUACACAUUGCAUGUUGGAUUCACCAGUGACGAAGGAGGCAACACCAUAGCACUCCGCUGGUUCAGGCGCAAAUCCAAUCUCCACCAUGUCUGGGACAAAGAGGUCAUUGUCACUGCUUUAAAAGAUUACUAUGAAAAGGAUUUGAACCUUCUCUUGGAAGAUUUAGAGGGGAACUACACAGAUGGUAUCUGGUCAGAUGAUGUUCCAUCUUGGAGUCACUGUGAUGACCUCUCUAAGUGUGUAGACAGGUGGGCAAAAGAGAGCAUAAAUAUAGCUUGCAAAUGGGCUUACAAAGGGGUUGAAGCUGGUAUGACUCUAGCAGAUGAUUACUUCAAUACGAGGAUGCCAUGGGUCAUGAAACGAAUAGCCCAAGGUGGGAUUCGAUUGGCCAUGAUUUUGAACCAGGUGUUCGGGGACGCCCAAGAAGGCUUUGUGGCUACAACUUAAAGCACUCUAAUAACCACCACAGAUAGCGACUACAAAUGUUUGUUGUCUAAUGUCAUUUCCUAUCAUUUGGUAUUUGCGAAUCAUAGUUUUCAUUUAGCGGGAUGAAGGAAAAAGAAAGUAUGUCAGAUUCAUUCGUGUAAUGAGAAAUUCAUAAGAUGCAAUUCAAUGCAGUUGAUCAAAUAAAGCCACUACCAUAGGCAACAAAUAAAAGUUACGUUGUAGAACUUGAUUUGAACUUCCACUUUUUAUACAAUUUAACAAGUUGAAACAUGGAGGGAUUCUUUUGUACUAUUAAUACUUCAAUGAUUUCGUUGUCAUUA